AUGGCGUGCGCGGGGAUGCUCGCCGUGUGUCUGCUCGGGCCGCCCGCGGCCCCGGAGCCCCCGCGGACCCCCGCGCCAGCCGCCGGCCACGCGCUCUUCCAGGACGUUUUCCGCAGAGCGGACAAGAAUGAUGAUGGAAAGCUCUCAUUUGAAGAAUUCCAAAAUUACUUUGCUGACGAAGUUCUCAGCCCAGGAGAGCUGCAGGAGCUGUUCAAUGGCAUUGACGGGCAUCCCACCGACAAUUUAGAAACGGAGAAACUGUGUGAGUACUUCUCCAGACACCUGGGUAUCUAUCGGCCUGUGCUGGCUGCUCUGGAGACACUGAACCGCGCGGUGCUCACGGCCAUGGACGCCACGAAGUCGGAGUAUGAGCAGGCCUCCAAGGUGGACCAGUUUGUCACACGCUUCCUGCUGCGGGAGACAGUGAACCAGUUACAAGCCCUGCAGAGCUCCUUGGAGGGAGCAUCAGAUACUCUGGAGACCCAGGCCCGUGGCUUGCGGUGGGAUGAAGAGGACACGGAAGUGCAGAGCAGACCCCGUGGCAGCCGGCGCGCAGUACGCAGGGCUCUGAGGAGUGUCAGUUGGUCACCCACCUGGUCUGGAUCCUCUGACAUAGGCCCCUCACCAGGGCAGAGCUCAGAAGCUGAGUUGCAGUGGCGGCUACAGGUCAACCGUCUUCAGGAGCUCAUAGAUCAGCUCGAGUGCAAGGCCCCUCGGCUGGAACCUCUGCGUGAAGACGACCUUGCCAAGGGCCCCGAUGCGGUGAGCCCAGGGAGGGCCAGGUCACCGGGUGUCAGGGUUGAGGGACACUCCUGGAGUGAGGGACUUAAGGGGCAAGUUGCCUACCCAACUCUUCCCCAGGCCUGGCAGCACAUCCUUGUGGCUCAGAGACAGGUGCAGGUGGCAGAGGAUGCCCUGCAGGACUUCCACCGUGCCCUGUGCUGCUAUGUGGACUUCACAGGGGCCCAGAGCCAUUGUCUGCAUGUAUCUGCCCAGAGGAUGCUGGACAAUGGUUCCUUCACCCUGUAUGAAUUCUGGCGGGACGAAGCCUCCUGGAGAAGACACCAACAGUCACCGUGCAGCAAGGCCUUCCAGCGCAUCCUCAUCGAUCACCUGCGGGCCCCAGACACCCUCACCACUGUGUUCUUCCCAGCUUCCUGGUGGAUUGUGAAUAAUAACUGAGCCUGGUCUGCUUAAGCCAAGGACGCUGUGGCCCUGACUAUUCUUCUAGAGCCUUCUGCACCGGUCAUCUCUGCACCAAGACGAAGGACCCUGGCCUGCUGAUCUCAGACCAGGAGCUUGGCUGACUGACUAUGGAGUCCAGGGAUCAGGGACUGGGCCACUUGCUUUUUAUUUAUGUAUUGAUUUUCUGGUGGGUUUUAUUAUCUGUAGCUGCUAAAGCACCUGGGUUUCCACCUGGCUCAGGAAGCCCAAAUUCUUGUCUUUUCUUCCCCUGCCUUGCUGUGGGACCCAGGCAGGCCCCUUCCCUCUCUGGCUGCCUCGGGGCUGGGCAUGCUGCUUUCAUUCUGUUAUCUUGGGGCCAGGUUUCUGCUCUUUCCUGACCAGUGGCAGAACCAGGGCUGAUGCUCAGGGAACCCACCCCCUAACUCCUGGAACCUUGGUCUCCUCAGCCUGGGCUCAGAUCAGUCUGAGGGUGGGGUAAAGCCCUGGGUGCCCCUAUCACCCUCCUGGGCCAGCUCUAGAAUUUCUCCCUCCCGGUGGCUGCACCAGAGAUCUCUGGAGGAUCCUGGGUUGGUUUGCAUGUCAGUUGCAUUUCACUUGCAUGUCAUCUCCCUAACCAUUCUCAGGGCACUGUGGGAAGCCCCAAGAUGACCGUGCAAAGUAGCAAUAACUUGGGCUUAGAGUGGCCUCCUGGCCCCAGAGACCUCUGGACCCUAGCCUGGGACCCCCGUACAGAGGCAAUAAAAGGUGGUGGUCACCUCUGGCAUGGCCUUUUCUCUCUUGGCAAAGGCAGGCUGUGGAGCCCAGACUGACCAGACAGAAGACUCAGGGCAGGAAGCCUGCCUUUAGAAUCAGUUGCAGAAGAGCCGGGCGUAGUGGUGCACAACUUUAAUCCCAGCACUCGGGAGGCAGAGGUUGGAGGAUCACCGAGAGUUUGAGGCCACCCUGAGACUACAUAGUGAAUUCCAGGUCAGCCUGGGCUAGAGUGAGACCCUACCUUGAAAAGCGAAACAAAACAAAAAAAUCCGUAGCAGAAGCAGCCACACCUGCAGAAAGAGAAAAUGUGUUCCCCAGGGCCUCUAGGCAUUGCAAAUGAAUUUCAGAUACAUGCACCACUUUAUGCAUCUGGCUUUACAUGGGUACUGGGGAAUCUAACCCUGGGUCAUUAGGCUCUGCAAGCAAGCAGCACCAUUUUUAAGUGUCACUAUUGGUCACCUCUCAGUCUUUCCUAAGUCGGACACACCACCAUGGCAGGACCAUCAUUAUUGGGUUUCCUUUCUUUCUUUCUUUUUUUUUUU